AUGUUCGAAACAAUCCGCAGCACUCAGGAGCUGUUUGCCUCCUUCAAAGAGCAACGCUUUGAGGAACUCGGUGAUGUGAACUUCUCUCUCCAGGACUAUGAGAAUGCCUACCUAACAGCGCGCCAAACUUACCUUGAUGCUGCCGAGGCCGUGAAGAAGGCUAGUCGCGAUGCCUACGUUGCAGCAGCUGCCACGUACACCAAGUCUUUGUACAGUUAA